AUGUCUGCUGCUACCAAGAAACGUUACAUUACCAACAAAGUUGGAAGCGAAUUCUACGAGCUCGCUGAAGAAGACAUCAUUGCACAGGUCCGCCAGUCGCGUGGUAACAACCUUCAUGAAGUUUUGGAUCAGAACGGAGAUAGCUACGUCGUUUCUAUGCCAACAAAGUUUAGAAAGGCUGUCUGGCUCCGUCGUGAUCAGUUUGUUGUUGUUCGUCCUAUCGCCGAAGGAGACAAAGUCAAGGGAGAAAUCGAGUACAUUUUGGACCAGGACAACGUACUCUACAUCAGGGAGCUUGGAAAGUGGCCAUCGUGCUUCGAAGAACACGCUCUCAAAAUGACUCGCGAAGCUAAACGAGGAAAGGCAAACGAUAAAAUGAUUGAUGACGACAUGCUACCACCAAGUGAAAGCGAAGAAGAAGAUGACGAAUCGGAAGAUGAAAUAGAGGAUACAUAUGAUGAAGACGAAGAGACUGAUGACGAAGAAUUCGAUACAUACAACCCAAACCGAAUGCAGGCCCCGUCCAAAUAA